AAAAUUAUCACGACACAACAACCGUGAAAAUAGUUGGAUUGUCACUGCUGCUCAAUCACAGCUGCCUGGUCAAUGUUUUUCAUUAGCAAUUUAGCAAAGUUGAUGGUGGUGGUGUGCGUGUCAGUUAAAGACGGAGAAGGAGAGCGAGAGACAGAUUUUGUGUUAUAACCUUCAUGUUAGGGAUGCACAGUGUGAGCACUCAGGUCGCAGACCCUGCAUCGUGACCUACGAACUUCUAACCCCUGCGAGUCAAUCGUACAGUUUGAGCAGGAGCUGAAAAACGCGACUGAAAAAAUCGCACAGUGUAUGCCCAGCUUAAGAGGCGGCUGACUUGACCACGGUGUAAAAACUGCCGUCCUUACCGGAAGUCACUGUCUGAGUAAACACCAUAACAGCCGGGAGUUUCUGUUAUAGUAAGUGAAAAGUUAAGUUUCAUAUUCAUUUUCCGGGACAUCAACUGCUGUCUAUGGCGGCAAAAGAGACCAUACUAUCAGGACCAGUGUCAUAAACUAAACCUGAACUGAAUCUGCGUAGUCGUGGGCAAAUAUUUUUCUUCCCUUGUGCUGACCAGAGUUUGUUUAGGAAGGAGAUAUCUAAUUUUGAAAAAUAAAAAAUGGAGAGAAAAAGUCUGCUUCCAGGAUUUCCACUGGAAAAUUAUGAGAAAGACAAAAAGGAAGAAAAAAGAAUUAGCCUGAAGAAAAGAAAGAGAGUCACGGAUGAUGAAGAUGAGAACAACUUGUGGCGUGUAAAAUGUGGAACCAAAAGGGGCAUCCUAGAUGUAGAGAAGUUGAAAAAAGGUGAGGCAUGUAUUGAGUAUAAAGGCUGCUUGUACAGUCCACCUGAGUUUGAGAAGCUUGCAGGAAAAGAGCCAUGUAGAAAAUGGAAGUCAACUAUUUUCUACAAUGAACUACCUCUGCAGUUUUGGUUUGAGGAAGGCUAUCUAACCACUACAGGAUAUAGACCAAAGAAAAAAAAACGAAAAUCAUGCGACUCAACAGAAGAAAGUGAGGAAGAUCAUGUUGACGAUGAAGAUGAGGAUGAAGAACGGGAAGAUGAGCAUAUGGAUGAAGAGGAUGUUGGUGGUGAUGAGUCUAGCAGUGAGGAUGAUGAGGAUGAAGAAAGUGAUAAUGAUGAAGACGAGACUGCGCCUGCUGUUGCCUCUAACCAUACUGACAGCAGUGAUAUCAAAGAGAGAGUAACAGCUACAAUUCCAACACCUGGAAAACAUGCAUUACAGAUGAAAGAAGUAAAGGGUAUCAUUAACAUCCUUCCUGAGAAGACUAGACAUCAUCCUGACAUGCCAAGAUCUGAAGUCACUGAAAAUCCCAGAGAUGUGGCAAAAAACACAGCAAUCAAACAGCAAAAUGUUAACAAAGAACCUGAAAAGAAACGGAAGAAGACAACAAGCAGCACAAUUUCGACACCUGUGAAACCUGCACUAAAGAUCAAAGAAGAAAAGGGUGUCGUUAAUAGCCUUCCUGAGAGAGCAAGAGAUCAUCCUGACAUGACAAGAUCUGAGGUCACUGAAAAUCCCAGAGAUGUGGCAAAAAACACAGCAAUCAAACAGCAAAAUGUUAAGAAACAACCUGAAAAGAAACUGAAGAAGACAACAAGCAGCACAAUUUCGACACCUGUGAAACCUGCACUAAAGAUCAAAGAAGUAAAGGGCGUCGUUAAUAGCCUUCCUGAGAAGGCUAGACAUCAUCCUGACACGACAAGAUCUGAAGUCACUGAAAAUCCCAGAGAUGUGGCAAAAAACACAGCAAUCAAACAGCAAAAUGUUAAGAAACAACCUGAAGAGGAACUGAAGAAGACAACAAGCAGCACAAUUUCGACACUUGUGAAACCUGCACUAAAGAUCAAAGAAGUAAAGGGUGUGAUUAAAUUCCUUCCUGAGGGUCUUUACAAUGUCAAGCACAAUGAGAAGACUAGAGAUCAUCCUGACACGACAAGAUCUGAGGUCACUGAAAAUCCCAGAGAUGUGGCAAAAAACACAGCAAUCAAACAGCAAAAUGUUAAGAAACAACCUGAAGAGGAACCGAAGAAGACAACAAGCAGCACAAUUUCAACACCUGUGAAACCUGCACUAAAGAUCAAAGAAGUAAAGGGCGUCGUUAAUAGCCUUCCUGAGAGAGCAAGAGAUCAUCCUGACAUGACAAGAUCUGAGGUCACUGAAAAUCCCAGAGAUGUGGCAAAAAACACACCAAUCAAACAGCAAAAUGUUAAGAAACAACCUGAAGAGGAACUGCAAGAACGCAAGGAAGAUCAUGUUGAACAUGAAGAUGAGGAUGAAGAACAGGAAGAUGAGCAUAUAGAUGAAGAUGAUGUUGGUGAAGAUGAGCCUAGAGCUGAGAGAGAUGAGGAUGAAGAAGGUGAUAUUGAUGAAGUCGAGACUGCGCCUGCUGUUGCCUCUAACCAUACUGACAGCAGUGAUAUCAAAGAGAGAGUAACAGAUACAAUUCCAACACCUGGAAAACAUGCAUUAGAGAUGAAAGAAGUAAAGGGUAUCAUUAACAUCCUUCCUGAGAAAGCUAUAGAUCAUCCUGGCAUGCCAAGAUCUGAAUUCUCUGGAAAUAACAGAGAUGUUGCAACAAACACAGCAAUCAAACAGCUGAAUGUCAAGAAAGAACCUGAAGAGGAACUGAAAGAACGCAAGGAAGAUCAUGUUGAACAUGAAGAUGAGGAUGAGGAACAGGAAGAUGAGCAUAUAGAUGAAGAUGAUGUUGGUGAAGAUGAGCCUAGAGCUGAGAAAGAUAAGGAUGAAGAAGGUGAUAUUGAUGAAGUCGAGACUGCGCCUGCUGUUGCCUCUAACCAUACUGACAGCAGUGAUAUCAAAGAGAGAGUAACAGCUACAAUUCCAACACCUGGAAAACAUGCAUUAGAGAUGAAAGAAGUAAAGGGUAUCAUUAACAUCCUUCCUGAGCAGAAGACUAGACAUCAUCCUGACAUGCCAAGAUCUGAAGUCAGUGGAAAUAACAAAGAUGUGGCAAAAAACACAGCAAUCAAACAGCAAAAUGUUAAACAACCUGAAGAGGAACUGAAGAAGACAACAAGCAGCACAAUUUCAACACCUGUGAAACCUGCACUAAAGAUCAAAGAAGAAAAGGGUGUCGUUAAUAGCCUUCCUGAGAGAGCAAGAGAUCAUCCUGACAUGACAAGAUCUGAGGUCACUGAAAAUCCCAGAGAUGUGGCAAAAAACACACCAAUCAAACAGCAAAAUGUUAAGAAACAACCUGAAGAGGAACUGCAAGAACGCAAGGAAGAUCAUGUUGAACAUGAAGAUGAGGAUGAGGAACAGGAAGAUGAGCAUAUAGAUGAAGAUGAUGUUGGUGAAGAUGAGCCUAGAGCUGAGAAAGAUGAGGAUGAAGAAGGUGAUAAUGAUGAAGACAAGAGUGUGCCUUCUGUUGCCUCUAACCAUACUGACAGCAGUGAUAUCAAAGAGAGAGUAACAGCUACAAUUCCAACACCUGGACAACAUGCAUUAGAGAUGAAAGAAGUAAAGGGUAUCAUUAACAUCCUUCCUGAGCAGAAGACUAGACAUCAUCCUGACAUGCCAAGAUCUGAAGUCAGUGGAAAUAACAAAGAUGUGGCAAAAAACACAGCAAUCAAACAGCAAAAUGUUAAACAACCUGAAAAGAAACGGAAGAAGACAACAAGCAGCACAAUUUCAACACCUGUGAAACCUGCACUAAAGAUCAAAGAAGUAAAGGGUGUCGUUAAUAGCCUUCCUGAGAAAGCUGGAGAUCAUCCUGACAUGACAAGAUCUGAGGUCACUGAAAAUCCCAGAGAUGUGGCAAAAAACACAGCAAUCAAACAGCAAAAUGUUAAGAAACAACCUGAAGAGAAACUGCAGCCGCUGAGGAUCAUGCUUCUUGGAAAAUGUGGUGCAGGCAAGAGCUUGAGUGGGAACACCAUCCUCAAUAAAACGGUGUUCAGGUCAGAGAUGAAGCUGGGCAGCGUCACUGUUCACUGUGAAAAAGAGUCCCGCGUGGUUGGAGAUAUACCCGUCGAUGUGAUUGACACACCUGGGCUUUUCAAGAAGGGAAGCAACAAGGAGGACAUCAUCCGAGAGAAUUUUUUCAGAUUCUUCUGAAACUCCAGGAACCAGGACCCCACGUCUUUGCAUAUGUUGUUCCUUUAGGAAGGCUGACUCAGGAAGACCAAGACACCCACAUGCUGAUUGAAGCAAAGUUUGGCCCAACAGUGUGGGACUACACCAUCAUGCUGUUCACCCACGGCGAUCGCCUGGAAAACAAAACAAUAAAUGACAUCAUUACUGAGAGUGACGAGAACCUCCGCAACUUCAUACGCAAGUGUAGCGGUGGCUUCCACGUCUUCAACAACAAAACCCCGGAGGGCCAGAAGCAGGUCACAACUUUUACUGAGAAGAUCAAGACUCUGGUGGCCCUGAAUGGAGGUAGUUACUACAAGACAGAGCUGUAUCCUGAGAAGGAGAGGAAAAUCAGAAAAAGACAGGAAAGCAUCCUUGCAGAGAGACAAGAAGAAAUCAGCAAAAAGGAGGAAAAUCUGAGGGAGCAUUACAAGGAUGAAGACCUAAAGAAGAUGAAGAGAAAGCUGUGGAGACAAGAGGAGGAAAGGGCAAGAAAAGACGCAGAGGGGGAAUUAUGCAGCAGGUCUUACCUCAUGAAGAGCAUCCUGUUACUGGCUGUAUUGUGUCUACUGUUAUGUUGGGAUCUUGGGGUAGCAGCUGAAUGGCUUUGUGGAAUAGGAAUCAUUUUAAUUGUGGUGUCUUUUAAGAUAUUUCCAAUUAUUCCAGGAAAAAUACCAGGUCUUACUAAGAAAAAGAAAUAGAUGAGCUUUUACUGUGUUAGUGAUUUAUCAUUCAAAUGUGUGACAGAUGAUAUAUCUAACUGAUUUAAUUAAUAAAAAUCAUUUUCAUACAAAUUUGUCUGUCCAUAAUUAGAAAAUAUUGUCAUCUGACAUCAUCUCAUUAAUCUCAUAUUUAAUCAGAUAACAGAACUGUAAAAAUGCUAAUGAAAACAAUAUUUAAAGUACUACACAAAAGUCUCGGCCCACCACUUUUUCUUUAUAUUUUACUAGGAAAAAAGUAGAUGCAAGGAUUUGUG